UAAUAUUGGGGUGGGGAAUAGUAAUUUACUCAAAAAAUAUUCUAAUACUUUGUCUUUCUGAAACAAAGAAAGAAUAAGAUUCCUGUUAGAUUAUCUUCGUCAUAUCAGAUUCCGUUGAUAGUCUUCAUUCUUCAUCUCUAUCUCCGUCAGUGUCUCCGUCUCUGUUUCCGAUCACUCGGUCAGCUCUUUCAGAUCCUUCGAUUUUUUUAAAUUAUGAUUUUUUUAAUUUUUUUUUGAGAAGAGAAAUGGUAUAAUGAGGCCCUUCAGGGCAGCUCCAUCAUUGGUGGAUCUUUGUGUAAAGGUUGCUAUAGAUAAUGUAAAGUAUCUUGGAGAUGUUGGUGAAACUGAUUUACAUUUGCUCGAGCGCAUUUUGCCACAUUGUACAAAGGAUCAAUUGAUUCAUGUGGAGGAUAGUACAGUAGGAAGAGAUCUUAGUCCAGUGACAGAUGCGCUUUGGAAGCAGUUCUACAAGAAAGAUUUUGGUGAGAAGAGCUUCAAUAUAGUAGUCGAGAGGAUGAAAGAGAAAAAAGUGAGAUUUGGAUGGAAACAAUUGUAUGAGGCAAAGACAAAGGAUGUAAGCGAGGCUGAGACGAAAGCAGUUAAUCGUUUGAAGCAAUUAUAUCAGACUGCCGAUGCUCGAAAACAAAGUCGGCAAAUUCAGAUUUGCACAAAGGUUCCACCUUCAAGCAAUAAAAGAAGCUUUGGCAGUGGAUAUAACCUUUCUGGUGUAAAGAGCAACUUGAUGAAGAAGGCAAAAUUAGAUCUCCUUAAAAGUCAAGAAGUUAAAAAUCUUGCAGCCAUGAGGAAGAAUGCUGUUCAACGGUCUUAUAGUGUCUCUUUGGCAAAGCAUGGUGGGCUUUUGAGAAAGGAUUCUGCUUCAACGUCAAAGCCUAGUGGGGUUUUGAGAAAGGAUUCUGCCUCAACUUCCAGACAGAGCAAGCCAUUCGACAGAAGAUUUUCGUAGCAUGCCAUUGUCAGCAUUGGCAUUAUAUGUAGACAACACGGAAAGAACUGGAUGGCUUAUUUGUGGUACUAAAUGGGCUUAUGUAAUUCCCUUCUACAUUUAUCUUCCACUAGUGCCUUUGCGAAGGCUUCAAUGUUUGAAUAAUUUAAAUUAUUGUACUUUAUAUCAAGUGUUAUUUCACGAUAAUAACAUAUCUAUGUGAAUCCUGAAUGGUUAUGGUUUCUAAAAGAAGAUGAUCGUUUGGAUCAAA